UCUCUUUCUCUCUCCUUCAAUCUUCUCAACUGUUUACUUCUUUCUCUCUCUUGAUUUUGAAAGUUCAAAAAGCAAUCGAUAGAGUUUCUUCACCAUCUCAACGGGCCGCCAUUAAUGCUCGGAUCUCUAUCUCUCACCCCUUCCUUCCUUCCUUCCUUCCUUCCUUCCUUGCUUCUCUGUUCUUCCUCUUUACUCUUUACCCUUUACCAUCUGCACUCUCUUCAAGAAGCAUGUCUUCUACAAACUCGAUUCCAGUUUCAAGCUGUAGCUGAAUUCUAGGGUUUAUAUAACCAUCCUUUUCAUCUAAAACAUUGUAUGCUUGAGAAAUGGAGAAAGAGAGUUCAGUAUAAGAAGUCGAAUUCUAGGUUAAAGUUAGGGGCGAAACAUAAUCAAUUCUCAUCCAACUCAAGUUCUUACAUUAUUGGCAGUGCUGCAGAGGAUUCGAUUAUGUUUAAUACAAAGAGGAGCUCUUUGAAGUUUGUGGGUGGAACUCCAAUAAAAAAAUUAUUAGCAGAGGAAAUGGCAAAAGAAAACGAGUCCAAACGCAGACAACCAGGUCUUAUUGCUAGGCUGAUGGGUCUUGACGGUUUGCCGCCUCAGAAUCCUCUUCAAAAGGAAGAUAAACACUGCUUGGGAACUCAUAAACAGAAAUCUGCCUCUAUGGAUUUAGACAUGAAAACUAAACCUCAUGUGAGGCGAUCAAUUAGGAGGACAACUUCUCUUGGAGAGCAAGAAUUUCGGGAUGUGUAUGAAAUUCCAGAAACAAGAAGAACUGUUCAGCCCAAAGAAGAAAUGACUCAAUGUAGCAAGCAUUUUUCUCACAGAGACCAAUUCACAAAAUCUCAUCAGCAGCGGGGCACUUGUAUAGCAGUUACAAAACCUCCUAAAUCACCAAUACAUAAAAGCAACAAUAUAGGUUUGAAACCAGAGAGGAAAGGUCUUUCUGUUGAUGCUAAGUGUUGCAGACAGCAAUACGAUAGUUCUGCUCUAUCAGAGAAUAAUGUUCAUGGCUCCAGAAAAUGUAUCAAGUCAUCAAAAACACAGUUAGAAGCUUCGCAUGAGACAGAUACAAUACCAACAAGAAUCGUUGUGCUGAAGCCAAACCUUGAGCAGAUGAAAGCUACAAACAAAUCCAUUUCAUCCCCUGUUUCCUCACAUGGUUCCUUUUCAAAGUCAAGGUCUGAGGAUUCUAGAGAAAUUGCAAAGGUGGUAACUAGGAGAAUGAGAAAAUGCGUUCAUAAACAUCCUGUUGAAUUGUCCUCCAUUUUGCUGGGAUAUGCUGGGGAUGAGAGCUCAUUCGAAAGUGACUCUGCAAAUGAAUCAGAGGUGACUUUACUGACCUCUGGGAAGUUGCCAUUAUCGUCACCUGGAAAUAGAGAAACUAAAAAGAGGCUUUCCGAGCGAUGGAGAAUGUCACAAAGGAGGAAAGGAGUUGAAGUUUCUUGCCAAGGCAAUACACUUGGUGAAAUGCUGGAUAAAAGGGCACUUGUUUCAGACUCUUCUAGUUAUCGUGAUGAUGGAGAUUGGUCUAGUCCUCUAGGUAUUAGUAGCAUGGAUGGUUGGAGGGGUGUAAGUAUACAAAAUCCAAAGAAUGGUAGAAGUAAAGAAAUGAAAGAAAGGAAGUUUUAUAGGAGAGAAGUUUCUUCAUCAAGAAACUUGAGAUCCAACUCUAAGAAACUUCGGUCUUCUCAGCGUAUAUGCAAUAGUAGCUCUGAUUCUUCGGGUAAGGAAUGUGUUUAUGAACCUCAAAUUGUAGCCGACGAAGAAGGAAUAUUGUCUGAAAAUAAGUGUUCUCUUGCUGCUUCAAAUUUUGCUCCCGGGUUGGAUAUGAUUGAGUCUUCAGAAUCUCCUUCUGAUGAAUUCCCUCCUCCAAAGAUUUCAACCGGCUUAGAAAGUAGUUGUUCACCUACAUGUGAUAAGCAGUCUUCAAAGACACAGGUUCUAGAAGUUGAAGAAGAUCAACCAAGUCCUGUUUCAGUUCUAGAAGCUCCGUCAAGUCCUAAUUGUUUCGAAAGUGUCAGCGUCGGUCUUCAAGAGCUGAAGAUGCAACUUAAACUUCUUAAGAUGGAGUCUGGGGAGUGUGCCGAGAAUGCUGUUGAAGACAUUGACUCGGUUACUUCUGAAGAUGAAAACUUGCCUUCUUCUUAUCUUGCUGAUGUGCUGACUGACUUUUGCAAUUUAGCAAUCUGGUAUUCUCCAGAUUGCCCUCUGGGUCGGGGUUUAUUUGAAAAACUCGAAAACAAGUAUUGCUGCAACAAUUCAACAUGGCCUAGGUGCGAGAGGAUGCUUUUAUUUGACCGGAUCAAUAUCUGCUUGUUUGAGAUCUUCCAAACGUUGGAUGAUGAUGAUGAUGAUUCGAGGAAUGUGAUGGAGCUGAAACACAAGGUUCAAGAAGAACUGGAAAACGAAGAGAAGGGAAUUCACGAGGAGAUAACGGAGAGGAUGGUAGACCGGGAGAUGCAAUGGCCUGAUAUAAAGGAGACCAUCAAUGUUAUUGGUAAGGAUUUCGAGAAGUUGUUGCUUAAUGAUCUUAUAGAAAAUGCAGCAUUUACAUAUUACUAGAAGACUAAUGCUUAGGAAUUCAGAUAAAUAGACAUAUUUUGUUGCAACAAUUCAUGUUGAAGUUGUUUCCCAUCGAUGUUUCAUAUUGUGUUUGCAUAAAUACUUGAGUUCCGCAGGUGUGCAACACCCCCAACAUCUGACUGGUUUCACAUAAUUUUUUGCCUUUGCAAGACAUGCAAUCUGGUAUCGACCUUAUUUCGAAACAAUCGUGAA